CAAGUCUGUGGCUCCCAGCGGCCGCGUCGCAGCGGCCAGCCCUGCUGGCCCCGCGGCGCCUCCGCGACCUCGGCUCGUCAGGCCGCCCGGGGCGAGCUUGGGGCAUGCGCGCCGUCGCCUCCCGCGCCCUCGCGGCGCCGCUCCGCCCCACGGCCGGGGCCGCCGCGCUGCGGCAACCGGCGCGGAUCGCCGUGCCAGCGGCCUGGCGCGGUUCGUUGGCGGUGCCGUGCGGCGCGCGGGCGCCGAGGAGAUUUUGCACCUUCUCCGUGACCUUCGUCAAGGACGGGAGCGAGACGGUGGUGGAGGCGAAGAACGGGCAGUCGAUCCUUGAAUUAGCGCACGAGCACGAUUUGGACAUCGAAGGAGCGUGCGGGGGCGAGUGCGCAUGCAGCACAUGCCACGUCGUGCUCGAGCAGGCGAGCUUCGAUGCCAUGCCCGAGCCCGAUGAAGACGAGGUGGACAUGCUGGACCUGGCCGCGAACGUCGUCGUCCCCCCUGCCGCUGGCGUUCCCGUUGGCCGUCUCCCCCGAGACUCAAGACUAGGGUGUUGCGUCAAGCUGCAGAAGGGCAGGGACGACAACAUCAGGAUACAGAUCCCGGAAGGCGCGGUGAACCUGCUGGCGUGAUGUUGGUUGACGCCUGUGGCGUGGUCUGCUCCCCACGCCGCUGUGACCGCGCGUUUUCCGACUUGCCCAAAUCGUGUCGGGCGGCCUCCGAUCCGGCUUUUUGGGGCAUCUCCCAGCGAAGGCUGCGAGCGUCCCUGCGGCGCUGCUAAAGGCUUCUUUCUUUCGGCGCAGCUGGCGGGCCGCUGGGAGUCACCUAGGGAGAGAAGACGCCACCACAUGUUUUCUUUCGGCUAGGUCCGGCGGCCAGGGAGUGGAGUGGAAUUCGCCUGCAAAAGACAGAGAGGGUG